GACAAGAGAUUCGACUUCGGUCUGAGGGCGCAGUACUUCACACUCGACGUUAUUUCAGAUCUCGCAUUCGGCAAGCCGUUCGGCGAUCUGGCCUCCGAUUCGGACGUUUACGACUACAUCCACACGACGGAACAAAGCAUGCCGAAUAUCGUCGUCGCGGCCGUUCUGCCCUCUCUACUCCACGUGUUAUCGUUGCCUCUGCUUCGGCGGCUGUUGCCUUCGGAAAAUGAUGCCACCGGGUUCGGAAGGCUAAUACGGAUGGCCAAGGAAAUCGCCGGCGAGCGCUUCGGACCAAGCAAGAAGACGAGGCAAGAUAUGCUUGGCUCCUUCGUAACGCACGGCCUAACGCAAGGAGAGGCGUCAUCGGAGAUCCUCAUGCAAAUACUCGCUGGAUCAGACACGACGGCCACUGCGAUCCGAGCUACGCUGCUUCACCUCAUCACCAAUCCACGCGUUCUCGCGACACUUCGUGCGGAGAUCGAGCGCUUCCAGCCGUCUUGGCCUGUCGUGAACGAAGCGGAGGCGCGAAAGAUGCCUUACCUGCAGGCUGUCAUCAAGGAAGGCUUGCGUAUCUUCCCCCCGGUUGUCGGACAGAUGUCGAAGGAAGUCCCCGAAGGCGGCGACACCUUCAAAGGCGUGUACUUACCGGAGGGAACGCGCGUCGGAUACGGAGCGUGGGGCAUUUUCCGCCGAAGCGACGUUUGGGGACAGGACGCCGACGACUUUCGACCGGAUCGAUGGCUCACGGCGGAUGCGGGGAGCUUGAGAUCGAUGGAGACAACGCUUGAGCUCGUGUUUGGCCACGGAAAAUGGAGAUGCUUGGGAAGGAAUGUGGCGAUGAUGGAGCUACAGAAGAUUUUUGUUGAGCUGCUGCGGAGAUAUGACUUGGUAUUGUGUGACCCUACUAGGCCAUGGAGGUCACUCAACUACGGAAUCUUCCUGCAAUCCCAGUUUUGGGUGAGGGCGUACAAAUUACGGGGAGAACAGCCAAGCCAAGACAGGUCGGGAGAGAACGAGGUUGCGCUACCUGCCGUCGAUGCUGCAGGUUUGUAA